AAGACAAUUUUACACACGUUAAAUCCUGCUGCUGUGUAUUGUAAUAAUAGGCUAUAUUAUAGUAAUGUGUUGAUUAUACUUUACAUCAAUUAUAUGAGUCUGUCAUGUAAAUAGCAAUAUAGUGGAUACUUUACAUGUAACCUACAACAUAGGCCUACAAUAUUUUUCUUCUGAAUUGUAGUAGAGUAGUCAUGAAGUAGCAUAACAUGUAAAUUCUCAAGCCAAGUACAAGUAAUUAAAAAUGCACUUUCAGUACUUGUGUACAUGUACUAAGUCAGGCUACUUCAAAACACUGAUAAAUUGUUAGUUUUAUAAGUAUUGUUUGCUGGGACACAAUGUUCCUUCAUGUCUGACACGCUGUAAAGCAAACGGACCAAUCAGGAGCCGCGUUGUUCAGCAAUAUCCAAUAGGAGCAGCUCUUGUUGACGCUCGGAGUGGGAAGGGCAGAUUGUUGCAGCUGUAGAGUUGAUAUCACUGAGCGUACAUCCACCUUGUGGAUUAAAUAAUAUCAUAAAUACUAAGAGUAGCGAGUAUCUGCUGCUGCUUGAGUGUGGAUGGGGGGAAACAGCCCGAGUCACCUCCCAGGAGAGGAGGGUGGAGGAGUCACUUUUGUGAAGGGCAUUCGGCUGUCAGACAAAGUGAUCCAUCGGAUGAAGGAGUCUAAGGUCGUCGCUCCUCCACCUUCACAGAAACCACGUCCUCCUCCACCUGAAACACAAACACCACCUCCCGUCCCCCACCCCUCUGUCAAACACGUACUCCCUCUCCUGACACCUCCACCUCCGUUCACCCCACCCCAAACUCUUGAAGCCCCAUCCCUUCCUCCAUCAGUGGAACUGGCUCCUCCUGUAAAACUCGUACUUCCACCUCCUGUGAAGUUUCACUCCCUGCCAGAAGCUCCACCUCUAACUUACCCUGUUCUCUCCUCUCCACCUCCGCCUACUACACCUCCACAAGUAGAGGCACCUGUGGAGUCUCCUCCUCCACCCGCUGUGGUGGAGCCAGUAGUCCCAACUCCAUUUGAAUCCUUCAUCCGACCUCAUGUAGAGCCAGAAACCCUGUCUCCACCUCCAGUAGCAGAACCUGUUGUCAUACCUCCACCUGUGGACUUGGCUGUUGCUCCACCUGAACCUCUAGCUUCCCCUCUGCCCUCUGAAACACCUGCUGCUGUAGCUCUGUCUGUUGAACCUCUUCAUUCUGCUUUACUGUCUGCUCCACCAGUGGAAACAGUUCAGGCUCCACCCACUGUUGAAUUAACCCCAAUAACACCACCCUGUCCUGUUGAGGCUGCAGUCCCUCCUGCUGCAGCUUUUGAUUUAACACCUGCAUGUGAAACACUUCCACCUCCAUCACCUCAAGAGCUGCUGGAAGCACCCACUCCUCUUUUUGAGUCAGUGGCAGCUCCAUCUUCUCCACCAGAGUAUGUGGCAGCACCAUCUACUCUUUUAGAGUCCAUUGCACCACCCUGUUCUCCACCAGAGCCAAUGACAGCACCAUCUCCUAACUUAGAGUCGCUGGCAGCUCCCUGUCUUUCACUAGAGCUUGUGGCACCACCAUCUUCUACCCCGGAGCCGGUGGCCCCACCCACCCCUAUUUUAGAGCUGGUAACAGCACCACCUACUCCCACUGAGACGGUGGCACCGUCUGCCCCUCUUGUAGAGUCUGUUGCACCACCCGCUCCUCUCCCAGAGCCAGUGACAGCACCAGCUCCUUCCUUAGAUUUGGUGGCAGCACCAGCUCCUCUUUUGGAAUCUGUGGCGGCACCUUCCCCUCCCCCAGAGAUUGUGGAAGCACCCUCUACUACUCCAGAGCAGGUGGAACCACCCUCUCCUCUUUUAGAGUGUGUUGCACCACCCACUCCUCUACCAGAGCCAGUGGCAGCCCCUCUAGAGCUUGUUGCAGCACCAUCUUCUCCCCUGGAGCCAGAAGCACCACCCUCUCCUCUUUUAGAGAUUGUGGCAGCACCCUGUCCACCUUUAGAGUCGGUGAUAGCACAAUCUCCUCCCUUAGAGUUGGUAGCACCACCCUCUCCUCCACUAGAGCCGGAGGCAGCACCCUCUCAUCUUUUAGAGUUGGUUGCUGCACCCUCUCCUCCCCCCGAGUCCCUGGCGGCACCUUCACCUCCCCCAGAGCUCACUUUUGAAGAGCCCUCCCCUCCCUGUCACUGUGUGGAGUUGGCUCUUGUACCCUCUGAUGCACCUGUAAGCCAUUCUUUCGUCGAGCCUCUGGCACCACCUCCACCUCCACCUGCUCCUGCUCCACCUGCUGAGGAGCCCACCCUGACAGUGUUUCUGCCCCCUGCCGUUGAGGCUGAAGUUCCUGCUGUAGCCUCAGCAGCUCCACCUGCAGCUGCCCCACCUGCUCCUCCUGAGGUGGUGGAGGAGAACCUCAGGCAGAAGAUCAAAGAGGAGAUGCAGAUGAGUCUGGAGGAGGAGAUCUACCAGAGGAGGCAGGAGCUGCAGCGACAGCUGGAGGAGAUAAGGGCUCAGGCUCAUGCAGAGGCCCUGUCAGCCGCUCAGACUCAGGUGGAGAAGCAGGUGAUGAAGACGCUGCAGGCGGAGAAGGCGGCGUACGUGGAGAACCUGACGGAGGCCAUCGCGAAGGAGCGAAUAAAGACUGACGAUGAGAGGCUGAUGGUGCAGCUUUACCGGAUGGAGGUGAAGGCUCAUCAGCUGGAGGAGCGGGAGAAAGAGUUGAGGAAACGAGAUGCUCUCUACAGGGAACACGUCACAAAACUUGAAAAAAAGUGCACUGAGUUUUAUAAAGUGACGGCUGAGAGCUUCCAGAAGGGCAAAGAAGACACUCACAACCGUUUUGCGCGUGUUGAUAUCCAGCCGGUUUGCAGUGACCUGCAGGGUCAGAUUCUGAAAUGCUACAGGGAGAACACUGGAAAGACUCUGUCCUGCUCCAGUAUCGCCUCGGCCUACAUGCAGUGUGUGGACAAUGCCAAGAAGAAUAAGCUGAGCACAGGAGGGUAAUGUGACUUGAUGAAGACAUCUGACAGAUGUAAGAAAGCAAAAGAAACUUGAUGAAGAUAAUUUAACAAAUGAACGAUUUACUGGAAACACAGGAGAAUCAACUCCAGGCUUUACACUAGUCUGGAACAAGUGCCAGUAGUUUGAAGAUCAUCUGAAAGCCUAUUGUGCCACAGCAGUAGCAAAUAGAUCAAACCUGGUGCUGAAAAUAAGGCAAAUCAUAACAAAGGAGCAAAUGAUGAAAACUUUAGAAUUCAAGUAAGGUAUUUGUAUAAGAUGUAAGGAGUGCUGUUGAUCAUCAUGUAUGUGUGCCUUGAAGUUAGGAAAGCUAUUAUCAGAUUGUAGAUGCAUGAAAGAAUUGUUCAAUGAGCCGAGUGUGAAGUGACACACUAAGUGUUUGAGGUUAUUGUACUGUACAUACAUUAUUUCACGGGUUAUUUCUGGUGCAUGCACAAAGAUAUUAAAGACAUCUCAAUAAACUUUGCUGUGGAAUCACAAAA